CGUGAUGCUGAGGCGCUUUCUUUUUCAAUGAGUUUUCUUUAAUUGCUCCAUUUACGCAAGCAACCAAAAUCGAUGCAAUUGCCCACAUCCGGAAGCAUUGCGGCAUAGGCAACGCGUCUGCCACCCAGUGACUGCCCGUAGAUUGGGUAACCGUGCGGGAAAUGCCAAAAGGCGACCAUCUGUGCGGCGAUCUCGAUUUCUCGAACGUUUCGCGACGUGGGCGCCCCCGCCCCCAAGACCAAGGACGACCUAGAAACGCCCAGACAGCACCGAGAAUCUAGCACAGGUGACAUCAGUCCGGGAGAAGCACAUCACCAUGAUCCACGUCGGGGAGAACUCGUGGAAUCUCCGGAUCUUCAUCACGGAUCUGGCGCUGGAGCGGACGAUGCGCGUGCGCGGUGACCAGCACAUCGGUGGAAUUAUGCUGCAGCUGGUGGAUCCGGAGAAUCCCAAGGACUGGUCCGACCAUGCGCUGUGGUGGCCAGCGAGGAACGUUUGGCUAAACAGGACGCGCCUAACGCUGGACCAGUAUGGUGUCCAGGCCGACAGCCUGCUGCACUUUACGCCCAUGCACAAGAUACUGCGAGUGCAGUUGCCGGAUCUGCGGUACCUGGAUUGUCGCGUGGAUUACUCUGUGAAGACCUUCGCGGCCGUGGUGAAUCUGUGCAAGCAGCUGGACAUUCGCUAUCCGGAGGAGUUGUCGCUGUGCAAGCCGCUGGAGGCGGAGCAUUUGAAGCGGAAUUUUGCCCAGCUGCCGCACCAGAAGCGCGUGGCCAUCGCAGAGCCAGAUGGCACCAGCUAUUUGCAGCCGGCGCCAGAUACCAACUCGUUUGUGCCCAUUAGCACCGCCUUUCACGGUGAAGGCGGCGGUAGCACUGGCAGCCUGGACAAGCCCUCGGCGCCGGGAUCCUUUUUCUGCGCUCCGCUGUCGCCGCACAAUCACAGCAGGGGACGCUCACCCAUGCCCGCGGCUUCGCCAUCGCCGGGAACGUGGAAGCAGAGUCAAUUAGGUUACGCCACCUACGACUCAUCGUCAUCGAGCUUGGGUGACUUCCAGGAGAAUCUGGCUAGCUCGCCGCCCACGCCAUGCUCGGAUGUCCGGGCGCAGCAGCUGCGCCCCAAGUCGCUGGUGGAGAAGGCGCGCUUGAAUGUCGGCUGGCUGGACUCUUCGCUGUCCAUCAUGGAGCAGGGCAUUCGGGAGUACGACACGCUCUGCCUGCGCUUCAAGUACUUUACCUUCUUCGACCUAAAUCCCCGGUGCGACCAGGUGCGCAUCAACCAGCUGUACGAGCAGGCCAAGUGGAGCGUCCUCAACGAGGAGCUGGAAUGCACCGAGGAGGAGAGUCUGAUGUUCGCCGCCUUGCAGUUCCAGGUCAACCAUUAUGUGGACUCGACGCCCACGAGCAGUGGAGCCGUUGAUUCGGGCAUUGAAACGUCCAGCCAGGAGAACGACAACGACGACGAGAUCGAUUCGGCGCUGAAGGAGCUUCAGAUCACUCUGGAGGGACCAAACGGCGGAGAUUCGGUGAACAUCACGCGCAUUCCGGAGCUCUCCGACUACUUGCGCUACUUGAAGCCACAAAGGUUCACGUUGCGUGGAUACAAGCGCUACUACUUCACCUACCGGGAUCUGCACUUGCACCUGUUCAAGAACGCCGAGGAGUCGCGGCGGAUGGCUCCGGUUGUCAGCAUCAAUCUGAAGGGUUGUGAGGUCACCCCCGAUGUAAACCUGUCGCAGGGAAAGUACGCAAUCCGACUGGAGGUCUCGCCGGAGGGCGGCCACGGAACCAACAGCGAGGUUUGGAUACGCUGCGAGAACGAACAGCAGUACGCCAAGUGGAUGGCCGCCUGUCGAUUGGCGGCCAAGGGAAGAUCCCUGGCGGAUAGCUCGUACGAGAGUGAAGUCGAUGGGAUCCUGUCACUGCUGCAGAUGCAGCGACCUGUGCAUGGAGUUCACCUGAGUAUUGACCCACGGUCCGUGGAGGCCGGAGAUUAUAUAUCGCCCAAGACCCUGCGCCGGCUCUCCAACAAGGCGGUGCAGCGCAUCCUGGAGGCACAUGCCAAUGUCCGAGAGCUGAAUCCCUUGGACUCCAAACUGAAGUACAUCCAGGCCUGGCAGUCCCUGCCCGAUUUUGGCGUAACACUGUUCAUCAUUAAGUUCGAUGGGCACCGUAAGGAAGAGCUGCUGGGCGUGGCCCACAAUCGGAUCAUGCGAAUGGACCUGGGCUCCGGGGAUCACAUCAAGACCUGGCGGUAUAACACAAUGAAGGCCUGGAAUGUUAACUGGAACAUUAAGUGCAUGAUGAUCCAGUUUGAGGACGAGAACGUGGUAUUCUCGUGCCAUUCGGCUGACUGCAAGGUGGUGCACGAGUUUAUCGGCGGCUACAUUUUCAUGUCGAUGCGAUCCAAGGACAACAACCAGGUCCUCAACGAGGAACUCUUCCACAAGCUGACGGGUGGUUGGUCGUAGUAGCUGUUUUGUUCGAAUUUUAUCGUUUCAUCUACUUGUUCAUUUGAAUUUUGUAAGGAUGAAACCAAUGUUUUAUAUAUAUAUAUAUUGUUGACCUGACCAGUGGCCUCGAACCGCGCUAACCAACUGAUAGACUCACAACUUCAAUGCAAUAUAGUGUUUUCACGUUCAGCCUACCACUUAAUUCGUUGUAAACUAAUCUUGUUGAUGAUUUUUAACAGCGAAAAUCGCUUGCCAAAGGCCUUUUUGCCUGCCUAACUCUAAAACAGACUUAACCGUGGCCUUUGCAAUGUUUAUGUAUGACUAACUUUUAAGGAUACAAUGAAUAAAUAUGCCUUACAAUAUCA